AUGACCACAGCAGGACCAUCAAUCCCUCGGAGACAUUCGCCCCAUUCCCAUUCUCACAAUAACCCAUCACAGUCAUCUUAUCAUCAAUAUCGACAUCAUCCAUACGCACCACCCUCAACCUCAAAUCCAAAUUCCAGCUCCAACUCAGCCAAACAACCUCGUUCUUCUUCUUCUCAAAAUGGUGAAUUACCUCCUUCACCACCGCGAUCAAGGAGAGAUGCCAGUGAGACACCCAGUAUAGGUUUAGGCGUCGCUUUCGGUGGUGCAGCCGGUGGUAAAUGGUGGGAUGAGGAAUUGCCGCCACCACCUGCAUCUUUAUCGAGCAUUUUGGAUUCAUUCCGAAAAUCAGGCGAAGGUGAUAGAGAUUUAUUAUUGAGUAUACUGGGCGCCAAGAAAGCCGAGGAAGAGCGACUUACUGCACUCAUCCAAACCCGUCUUACGAUAUUACAAGCUAGACUUUCACUACAUUCUGCUGCUGCAUCUUUACCACCUAUCCAGAUGCCCCUUCCAGGUAUGGUCGAAAAUGACCUUUCACCUAGAUCACAAACGCACGGAAGUAUGCCACCACCUCAAUCUAUCCCUGGUGCGAUUCCAGUGGAACGCACACCUUCAUUGACUUCUUCAAGAGGUCCAGGUUCUUCUUCAAGUGGAAUGGCAAGUCCGCCGCUACCACAACAAACUGGUUAUAUCCAACCUUCCCCUCCUCAAGUUCAACAGAAUACCUUUGAAAAGGAAAGAGAAAGGGAAUCAAGAGGUUAUUGGCAAUUACCUUCCUUACAAUCUUCCUUGAGAGCUCCGUCUCAAACUAUCAAUAUCAAUUCGAGAUCACCACAUUCACCAGGAUUACCUUUAGCUCCCAUCAAGGAAGUCAGAAUAAUCGACAGGAGACCCACCCAUAGAAACUCAAACAACGGUUCGGUCUCACCUAGUUCAAGUGGAAGUGAAGGCAAAAGAUCAGGAAGUGGUCUCGAAAUGUUAUUGGAUGCCGGUAGAGUUGUAAAUGAAAGCGCUGAGAGGGAUCAUUAA